AUGUGGGAUUCAGAGGAGUUCAGUUGCCGUGACUGCCACAUGGCUUUCCGGUCGGGGGGGCUCCUGGAUAAGCACAAAGCUCGCUUCUGCCUGGGGAGUGAUAUUGGAGACCCAGCCGUGCUUCGACAGGGUCGUGUGGAGUUCGCCAAACCCGAGAGGAGCACCUGGAGGGGGCUGGGGCCCAGCAGGACCACCACUCCUGCCCUUAUCAGUAGAGCGGCGUGUACGAGGCAGAUUAAGGCAGGGGCCGAGGGGGGUGACCCCCAGGGCAGCACGACUGACAGCGCUGCUCUGAGAAGACUGACCAAUGAGUUUCUCAAGCUAAGGAUGUCCAUUCAGGAGAGUAUGAGCAGUCUGCCUCAGCAGCCAGUGUCAGAGAGUGUUUCAGCGGUCCCAGAGGUGUCUCAGGUGGCGCGCGGUGAGAGGCUGAGGGAGAUGUGGGAGCAGCACGGCCACCAGCUGGCUGAGAUCAGGGCCCACACUGGCCACCUGGAGCAGCAGAGGGAGGAGAUUGAACGGCGAUUGGCUGCAUUGUCUGGACUGAGUAGUACAGCUCAUCUGGAGAGUCUGCUGCAGGAGUUGAGGGAGCAGGAGGAGAGGAAUGAGGAGGCCCUGCAACACCUCAGAACACAGAUCAGCGUCCUGCAGGCACAACAACAGCGAGCCAAAGACGCCGACGCUCCUCCAGACUUCCCUGAAGACAGAAGGACACAGCAUGUUACUUUUGACCUCAUAUCCUCUGUGGAUGGACCGCUCUCCAACCAAAUAAGGUCUCUGAGGUUAGCUUACAUGCAGUCGGGUGGUUCGGACCCGGAGAUUCUGGCUCAGAUGCAUGACCUGCAGGCAGAAGCUCACACACUGGAACAAAGCCAGCUCAAAGAGGGCCACAAGAACAGCAAGAGAAGAGUAAAACUCCGGCCGCAGGCUGCAGAGCUGACCUCACUGGAGUCGGACAACCAGCAACUAGAACAGGAGAUCUUCAGGAUCCAGUUGCUCCGGCAGAGGCAUCGAGGGGAGGAAGCAGGUGCAGAGUUCCAGCUGAUGCAGAGGCAGCAGCUGCAGCAGCUGGCAGGCCUGCAGGGGGAGAUAGAGAGCCUACGUCAUGAGGUGGCGAGGACCAGGGCAAACCGCCAAGCCCCUCCACCCCCACCCCCACCCCUCUUUCCUGGACCAGGGGCUCAGCUACACCCCUACGCUUCUCCGCAGCAGCGUAAGGCACAGACUUCCCUGCUCAGUAGACAUCUCCUGAACCCGCGAGACACACUGGGGCCUGCUCCAUAUGAUCCUGCAGCUGGCUUUGUGAUGUUCUACGAUAUGGUGGUUGGUGUGGAUGCCACCCUCACAGCGCUGCGUCUGGUGGUAGGACUCUUCUGUCUGGGCCAGGAGCUGGGUCGCCCCACCCCCCUGCCCCCUGUGCAAUGCCAACCUGCGGGGUCUCUGCCUUACCCCUACAGCAUGCCCACUGGCAACUAUGCCAUCCUGUCUGCCAAGCAGCCAGUGCCCAGGAUCCAGCCGUCCCCCUCCCUUUCCUUGCUGGUGGAGGUUCAGGCAGCUGGAGGUCUGGACCCGUAUGGUCAGGACCUGGUGUCCCGUGGUUGGACCCGGCUGCAACUCUUUGACCAGCACAACCAGGUGCUGAGUGGCUACUGGAGGGUGCCCAUUAGGAUCUUACCUGUGAAACCAUCCCUGUCAUCUGGACAGCUCAACUCAGUGUCUCAGCUCGGUAAUAUGGAGUUAUGCCUGAGAGUGACAAAUGCACGUGAUGGUGAGGUUCAGUCUCUUGCUGAAAUUGAUCCAAGCCACACCAGCCAUUACAAGUACCCUGCCUUGGCCUCUGGAACAUAUGGAGGGAGUGCACCACCUCACCUGACAGCAUUGCAGCCUUUCUCCAAUUCUGCUCUCUCUGCUCCUUCCUCUAUCGAUCAGGUGGACCCUCCCACUGUGGAGGAGUCCAGUCAGAGUGAUCUACAAUCUGUGCGAGAAGAGGAGAGGAAGAUGGAAUGCUUUGGAAUCAUCAUAGACAGGGUGAAGGGGGCCGCAUCAGGACAAGGCAGUGUCAGACUGACCGGCUACAGUCUCACAUCUGGACAGCCAAGAGAGGACCGGAUUCUAAUUCUGCGCUUCUACCACCUGCCCACUGAUGGUGCUGAGCUCCACAGAAGCCUCCUGCGGCAGAAGGAGGUGGCGCCCUGGGAGACUGCUGUGCUGGCGGGAAACCUCAGCAAACAUGAGGAGUGUGUCGUAGCCUGGGGGGCCAUCAGACUCACUAGGUCUACAUCCCAGGGAUCCAGAAGAGAUGAGAGGGCGAGCCUCUGGAAUACAGGCACUCACCUGGUGCCACUCUACUGCACACCUGUCCCUCCUGUCAUCUCUCUCAGCCCACUGCCGGAUGAGUGCCUGGUGAAGAAUUUCAAGCCUUACAGUGUUGCUGAGAUUCGACUGCACAUCUACAGUGGACAGGCCACUCCAUUCCCUCUCCCUCCUGAGUCACUAGUUCCUAGUGCUGACCAAAACCCACCCACACUGGGCUGUGAGGCAGGUUUCAGUGAGAGAGUGAGACCUCCAGUGCAGCCCUUCUGCCAAGGCAAUGUGGUCAUCCUGCACAUAGAUGGUGCCCGCUUCCUUCCAGACUGUUCCACCAUCAGUAGGGUCAUGGGUGGAGUCUUUGACCACCAUUACAACCAGUGAGCCAUAUCGGAUGAUAACUUGGAUGUAUUAACACUGCUUUAUAAGAGCCUCAUUAAUAAUGUCACUGGAAACCGAUGCACUUUCAUAU